AUGUCUGCUGUCGUGGAUAACAGUAGCGAUAAAGAGCAACCUGUCAAGGGUGCUGUCGAAGAGACUACAGAGCACUCCAAGCCUGUCUCUCGAUUUACACGAUGGUAUCGCAGUCCUUUGUUCAACGUUAUUAUCGUUGGAUUGAUUUCUUUCACACAACCAGGAAUCUGGAAUGCUCUGAACAAUACCGGCGCUGGUGGUCAGCAAGAGCCAUACCUCGUCAAUGGAGCCAAUUCACUCACCUUUGGUAUCAUGGUCUUCGGAUGCUCUCUGUUUAGUAUUCUUGCCAAUAAAAUCGGUCUUAAAUGGGUUCUUAUCAUCGGUACCCUUGGAUAUGCUCCUUAUUCCGCUGCUCUCUACACAAAUAACCGAUAUGGAGUGGAAUGGUUUGUUUUGCUUGGCGGUGCUACCUGCGGUAUCGGAGCUUCAGCGCUGUGGGCUUCUGAAGGUGCCAUCGCUUUGGGAUACGGUGAUAUCAAGGACCGUGGAAAAUUCACUGGAAUCUGGCUUGGUCUGCGAGAACUCGGUCAACUCAUCGGCUCUUCAAUUCAACUCUCCCUCAACGUCGAUUCUGGAAAACGUGGUCGCGUCGGAUACACCACAUAUCUCGUACUCAUCGCUCUUCAAUGCCUCGGCCUACCUCUCGCGUUCCUGAUCUCACCUCCUCACAAAGUCAUCCGAUCUGAUGGCUCCAAGCUUCCCCACUCGAAAACGAACAAGAGCAUCAAGGAACAAUUCCGACGUUGGGGCGCUCUCAUCCAACGCAAGCAGUUUUACCUUCUGAUCCCCAUGUUGGUCGGCUUUAACUGGAACAGCACGUACCUUGGAAUCUACCUCGUCAACUACUUUUCCGUUCGAGCCCGCGCCUUGGCAUCAUUGACUUCUGGUAUCGCUGCUACUGCUGCCAAUGUCUUUUGGGGAUGGUUUUUUGAUCUCAAGUACUUCAGUCGACCUCAGCUUGCGAGAGUUACUUGGGCCUUCCUUGCGGUCACUAUGACUGCGCUAUUCGGUUGGCAGUUUGCUAUGGAGUUGGAGUAUCGCAAUGCCAACCCUGCUGUGACUUUGGACUGGGAUCUUCCUGGCUUUGGACGCGGAUUCGCUGUGCAAGUUCUUCUUCGAUUUAUGAACGAGUCUCACUACAUGUUUGUAUACUGGAUCAUCGGAACAUUCUUCCAAGAUGUCGAGACAUUGACACUCGCUGUUGGUCUUGUCCGAUCCUUUGAGUCUCUUGGCUCGUGCUUGGCCUUUGGAGUUGGUGCAGCCAAGGUGCCAUCUCUUACCAACCUUAUUGUUGCUUUUGCAAUGUUCUGCAUCUCGCUGCCUUCAACGUCGUUUGCUGUGUUCUUGGUGCCCGAGCGCCCAGCAGAAAAUGCGCUGGAUAGACCACAAGAGGAGGAGGAAUGA